AACCCUGGUGGGGCACUGGAGGGACAUGGAUUACGUCGCCAACAGGCAUGCCGUCAGCUUCGUCCGCCCUCUCGCCCGGAUGAAGAUCAAACAGAGGUCCUUCUUCGCCGGCACCUACAAGAUCUGCAAGCUGGCCGCUAACGUGCCGGACUUGGUGGUGUAUGAGGGGGUGGAUAGACCCAUCCCCGACGUCGAGCAUUUCCAUGGAGUCCUUCUCUUUGCUGACAUCUCAGGGUUUACCAGCCUGACGGAGACCUACACCAAGAACAGUAAGAAAGGCAGUGGAGCCGACCACCUCACCCGCACGCUCAACGGCUAUAUCACCGACAUCGUGGACCAUAUUCUUCGAGCAGGGGGAGACAUUGUGAACUACGCAGGUGAUGCAAUGUUGGCAUUGUGGAGAGAACACAGGAAAGAGCUGAGUGAGGUGCUCUCCUUGGCUGUGAAAUGCAGCCUGAAUAUACAGGACAAAUGCGACAACAGGGAAACGGAAGUGGGGGUGAAGCUCAGAGUAAAAAUAGGUAUUUCAGCAGGGAAGCUUUCCAAAGUGGUGAUGGGAGACGAGGAUUCCCGUUACUAUGCAUUAAUAGGGCGAGCAAUCGAUGAAGUUCGUAAAGCUGAAGGACUUGCUUCAGCCAAUACUGUGAUUUUAUCCCCAAAUGCCUGGGAGCUGUGUGACCGAUCCAAUAUUGUCGUUGAGAAGAUCGAGAAUGAAAGAGCUGUAAAAGUGCGUUAUAUAAAGAGAGAUCCUCGCUUUUCAGUUGAUGCGUACGUGAGAAAAUGUGGGACCCACUUGGAAUAUCAAGAAGUUGGUGUCAGUAAAAAGGCAAUAAGGAAAACAUCAAGAUUACUGCCAAAUGCACAGCUCGAAUCUGUGCUACGUAAAUAUCUACUGAAAACAGUUUUACUUAAGAUUGAUGAUGCUGUACCGCUGGAUUAUUUGUCUGAAAUGCGACCUGCAACGGUGGUGUUUGUGAACCUGCAGUUUGUGGAAAAUGCAACCAUGUACCAUCAAUGCCAAUCCAUUCAGGCUUGCUGUGUUGGAAUCAACAACGAAUUCAGAAACUAUCAGGGGAGGAUAAAUAAAGUCUUUAUGUUUGACAAAGGAUGUACAUUUCUUUGUGCUUUUGGUCUUCCUGGUGACAAAGGAGAAGAUGAAUGUGGAAAUGCUUUACAGUGUGCCCACAACGUCCAUGAGUUCUGCAAUAAAUUGCGAUACGUCAGUGUAGCUUCAAUCGGAGUGGCCAGUGGCCCUUUAUUCUGUGGAGUCGUUGGGCAUCCUCUACGCCAUGAGUACACAGUGAUUGGUCGGAAAGUGAAUCUGGCUGCACGCUUGAUGAUGACUUAUCCAGGAAUGGUCUCCUGUGAUGAAGAGACUCACUACCAUGCCAAGAUGCCUUCUUCCUACUUCAUUGAACUUCCCAAGCGAGCUAUGAAAGGCGUAGCUAACCCAGGCACUAUCUACCAGUACCUGUCCAAGAAACAUCAGAAAAUACUUGGAAAACCUCGAAUCUCCGUUGAAAAAGAUGAAGAUUAUCCUCUUUUGGGCCGAGAGAAGGAGAUGAGAAUUUUCCACAAGGCCAUGACAAAGUUUGUAGUAGCAAAGGCCCAGCAAUCCAUGGACUGUUGCCAGGUGAUCAUGUAUGAGGGAACCGUCGGCUAUGGCAAAAGCCGACUCCUCGCCGAAAUCAUCCGUACAUCACUAGCAGACGACGUGAGGGUGUUACCAUAUGAAUUGGGGAAAAUGGACAUUACUGAGCCCUAUUAUACUAUUCAAACCAUGAUGGCAUUACUACUGCAGGUGAACCACUGUAAAAGUUAUGCGGAGCGAGAAAGAGUUUUAUUGGGCAAGAUUACAAAGCCAGACUUGGUGGAAGAUUUAUGUCUCUUAAAUGAUCUACUUUUUGUGAAGUUUCCAAUUUCUGAAAGAGUAUCUCUCAUGGAUAGUAGAACCAAGCACAGGACAUUUCGAAAUUACGUGAUUUCUGUAAUCAAACAGAACGUUAUAAGUGAAACGGUGUUGCUGGUCAUCGAUCAAGUCCAAUAUAUUGACACGCCUUCAUGGGAGCUUAUCCUGCAGAUGCGUGCAUCACUCCCGCUGUUUAUGGUGAUGGCGUUGCGACCAUUUACAGUGGAGAAGCCGCCGUGCCAAGCCGCGAUCAUGGUCAUGAGGAGCCAGAGAACAUCUUACGUGAAGCUGUCUGGCUUGGAUCCAAGUAUAAUCCGCCCACUUGCCUGCCAGAUCCUGGGCGUGAUUAGUAUCCCACGAGAGUUGGAAAUGUUGCUGAUGGAACGUAGUUACGGAGUGCCUUACUACUGUGAAGAGAUACUCAGGAGUCUGUAUUACAGUGACCUCAUCGUGUUGGAACCCCUAGAGGAAGAGGAUGAGGAUGAGAGUGACAUUGUACUGUCUAAUGCCAGAACUAAGUUGCUCAUGCAGCGUGAAUCCACCUUCGGACAACCCCGAGCAGCAGGGGGGGUGGAGACACAAAAGUGCCGAAAGGUGAUAGCGCUGGAUCAGAACGCAAAGGCCGACAAUCAACAGUUUAUAUGCAGUAUCGGAGAAACCGUGAACCUACAGGAAAUCACUAUUCCACUUACACUGAAAGGUAUAGCCUUAGCUCAACUUGAUAGGAUGAACACCACAGAACAGGUUGUUGUCAAGUGUGCCUCGAUCAUUGGGCACACUUUCACCACCAAAAUGCUUCGGUACAUCUUACCCGAAGGCGCUGAGCAAAAGCUGAAUCAAUCCCUUAUAUCCCUGGUGAAGUCUCGGACGUUCGAAUGUGCGUCGAGGAAUGAAAGAAGCUUUUUUGCACCCAUGGAAGGGAGUGAGGAAACCCAUCUCCCCCGCUGCUUCUGUACCCACAGCGGAGACUCCGAAGAACAUAUACACGAGGACGAUGAUGAAAGAGACACACGAGACAAAACGGUGGUUUUGAAGUGUAAAGUGAUGCGCUUCUGUAUUGCUCUUGUGCACGAAACAGCCAACGAUCUGUGGCUAAAGGAGCAGAAGAGGUCCCUUCACCUGAAGUGCACCAGGUUCCUGGAGAACGCAGCCCGCAGGUGCCGUACUUGUGGAGACGGUGACUUCAUUUACGAUCAUCGGACCAUGGUAAAGUUUGGCGUUACAGAGAGCGAGAGCAACAUACAGAGGCGCAGGGAUUUGUACACCACUCUGAGCCAUGCCAAUGUUGGAGGCUAUUCCACAGAUAAAGGCAGUGAGGAAGAUCUUCCAUCAAGGCUCGGAAAUCCAAGUCUGUCAUCCAGCGCGUAUCCAGUAGAUACAUCAACUAGUCAAUCCUCAGUUGCUCCCGUCAAAUAUAGCGAACAAGGUCCUGUGAUCACAAGCAUGCACGUACCAGCCGGAAGCGACGACUCUGAAUUUAUUGAAAGGAUAGACAAGUUGCUCAAAGAUUGUGAAGAAUUCACAUACCUGUUUGGCAAGAGUUGCGAUUGUAAACCAAUAUUGGAUUCUGUUUAUUGUCCUCUCGUUCGCCACUGGAUGGGAACUGGAAAUGUGGCAAAGACAUUUUUCUAUCUGUUGGAAACUGCUGCAGCAGCGUUGCACGUGUCCAAUAACCUGAUGGCUCUGUCUUAUCUAACGGAAGCAGAAAAUAUGUUGAAUUUAAUACACAGAGGCAAACCAGCUUUUGAAUAUGCCGACACCUCAAAGACUGUUAAAAUCCUUUCUUUCGAACGAGCUUGUGUAUUUAUUCUCAAAGGAGAGGUGCAUUUUAAGACUGGCCAUUUGGAAGAAGCUGAGAAACAUUUCAAGAAAGGCUUAAAGUUACUGAACAAGAAGUUUCCAAAUUUCUCUCUGUCGCAAUUAAUUAGAUAUGCAGUUGAAAACUACAAGCAGGCACAGAGACACCGGGACAGAGAGAUCUUAACAGACUUGGCUGAGGACAGAGUCGCACCCGUUAAUUAUCAGCAGAUCCACUGCCUGUCCUACCUAUGGCAAACCUUUUGUCUCAAAAGGAACAAUACGUGCAAGUUGCCCGCUUUGCUGACUAUAGCAAUGGAAAUUAACUGCGCUGAAGUCUCCAACAAUGGAUUGAAGAUAAUAGCUGCUUACAUAGAUGCCUUCCGCUGCUAUCAAUUCAUGGGUUUCAGAGAUAGGAGCAUGAGAAUGGAAAUGUUAGUUCUACAGAAGUGUUUGGCUCUGAACAAGAAUCAGGAUGGAAUGCAAAUGAUUGGCCGUUUAGUAUGUGCCCUUUCUGAAAUAAAACUCUGUGGUGGACAGCUUGCUGAAUGUAUUGAAUACGGACGCCAGGCGCAUAAAAUUGCUGGACUGUUAAAUAAGCCCAAUAUGGAUGUUUACAUCAUUCCUAUUCUGACCAAAGCCUUGCUUCUGACAGGCCGACUCUCAGACUAUGUUGAACUCAUGGCAUUUUUGAAAGACUUUGCAGUUUCACGACACAAUGUGCUGGGACAAGCUUCAUUCUAUGCAGCUUGCCUGGAUUUUUCACUCCAGCAAGGUUUAGCACUAAGGCCGUUUGAAGAAUGCCUUCUUUUUGUUAAUGGAAUCAUUGAUGAUCCCUUAAUAAAGUCGGAAAAAAAUAUAAUGCUGGCUCUCCACUCAUCAGUGGCCCUCUGGUAUCUAAGGUUGUCACAUUGGAGGAAGGCUAUUCCGUCUUUUAAAAGCGCAAAAAAAUUGGCGGCUCACACGAAUGCUUCACUGAUCUCCAUGUACGGUUAUUCCAAGUUUUUGGAGUGUCAGAUAUUGGUGUUUAGAAAGGCGUUGCUGGAAAGGCAAGAAACUGUCAUGGAAGUUUACCAGCAAACUAAAGAGCACCUCCGUGACUUCAGACGAAGGUGUGACACCUCACCGGUAUUUUAUCCACGACUCUUGCAUCUCAAAGCUUACUGCCGCAUGUUGGCCGGACAGAUAGGAACUGCGAGCCAUUUGUUGGAUCGUGCGUUGAUUUUCAGCAAGUUGCACGGAAACAUACUGGAGGAACAGUGGGUAAACGAAAGCAAAAUUUCGUGGUUUAAUGAAGAUGAAGACAAUGAGCUAGAAAACAUGUGGGUGAAAAAUGCAGAGAACAUGCCAACCUGGGAGGAAGCAGCAAACCAGGAACCCGCCCGCUUCUUACUACAGCCAUUGAGCAGCUUACCGCCGGUCGAUUUCGAGGACCAGUCAGACGACAAGUCAGAGAGUGAUUUAGUCUGCAUCCCUUACUAAGCCAGCUUGGCACUCCCAGGCCUCCUGCAGCCUCACCUGCCCCCGGCACCUCAAGCAAUCGUUGCUCUCCGAUGUUUUCAUUCCAUUGAUGUUCGUUCCUCAAAAUAAAAUGGAUUAA